AUGCGCGCGGGCUGCAGGCGCGCUGAGCGGCAGGCGGGGCGCGCUGGGCAGUAUGCGGGACGCGCUGGUCAGCGGGCAGGGCGCGCUGGCUCGGCGGCGAUCGGGCGGCGGGCUGCGCUUACCCAAUCAGCGCAAGGUGCCGGGUUUUCAGGCCAAAAAAUUUCCCCUAUGGCUGGGCGCGGGAUAGUUGAAAGAGGGUUGAGACUACUACACGGGACGCCUCGCAGCACAGCGCAGCAUAGUGGGAUGGGGUUCUUUUCGCGGCAGCCUACGGAGACCAAGGUGUUCACACCCUCGAGCCCGGUCAAUAUCUCGCCCGGGCUGCUCAGCCAGCUGGUGAGCACCAAGGAGACAGACUUUACAAGACAGCAACUGAACGACAAGUUCCUGGAGGAGAAGGUUGCGCAGCGGUACGCGCAGCGCGAGGAGGAGACGCUGAAAAAAUUCGAGGUGAAGCUGAACAGCGCGUUGCUGAAGGACAGCGCGGCGGACGAGCAGGAGCUGUCGUCCUCGGCGGUCCAACAGAAGGUGGCCUCGCUGACCGAGCGGCUGGCGCAGCUGGAGACGCGGACGAAGCCGAAGGCAAACAAGGAGGUGGCAGACGCGCGCGGCCAGGUGGCGCGGUGCCUUGCCGCGAACGAGGGGCGGCCGCUGAACUGCUACGAGGAGAUCCAGCAGUUCAAAAAGGUGGCGCUGUGA